AUGAGUAAGCUAGAAGAAUUAGUACAAGAAAGAGCACCACAAAAAAUAAUUAAUGAUUAUUGUACUAAACAUGGUUCAAGUAUAUAUUAUAGUAUUUUUAAUCAGAUAACACGUAACUGGCACUUACAGACUCCACAGGAUGUGUAUUACGCUGUAGCUAGAAAAGUACAAUGGUUAUUAGAUUAUACUUUUUUAAUAUUAAGUCCAAUAGGAAAAUCUACCUUUUUAAAAUAUAGAAAAACUUUGAGACACCAUCCAACUACCGUCGCAAAAGCAUCCCGCUUAAGUUUCAGUUUUACCUUUACUGAGCAAACCUAUAUGGAAUUAAAUGAAGCUUUAAAAAUUAAACAUAUUAUUCUAUUAAAACUUUUUCCAGAUAAUUUCAACAAUUUACCAAACUUGCAUAUAAAUCGACAUCAUGUUCAAAAUGCUCGCAACUUUGGAAUACUUGUAAAUAUCUCUGUAGGAAUCAAGAAAGCAGUACAUAAAAUAUUCAAAAGUUCUGUUCCGAAAAUGAAUUGCAAAAAUGUAGAAUUUGAUCUCAUUCAAUGGCACAAUAUACUCCAAACAAUUCGUUAUCUGAUCGACAGAGAAACAGAUAGCCACUUUCUACAUAUUGGGCAAGGUUUUCGAAAUUUUACAACAAACCUGUUGCUUCAACCUAUAUUAUCUGAUUGGUAUAUGAUACAGAAUAUUCAAGAAAAAGAUACAAUUGAUAUUA